GAGCAAGACGUCCCUUAGCGACAGGGUAAGGCAAUCGUCUCUCACAACGAAUACUUCACUUGACGACUCGAUCUCGAGGAAGUCGGUCUGUGUAGACAGUAGUCGUGAAAAUUGGCUCCAUUUCCAUCUUGAGCUGUAGGAGUGUAUCAAUAUGUUCAAGAACACAUUUCAGAGUGGGUUUUUAUCCAUACUUUACAGUAUCGGUAGCAAACCUCUCCAAAUAUGGGAUAAAAAGGUCCGAAAUGGCCACAUCAAGCGAAUUACAGACAAUGAUAUUCAGUCUUUAGUUUUAGAAAUUGUGGGCACAAAUGUUAGCACAACAUAUAUAACCUGCCCAGCAGACCCCAAGAAAACACUUGGUAUCAAGCUUCCAUUCCUUGUAAUGAUCAUCAAAAAUCUGAAGAAAUAUUUCACAUUUGAGGUUCAGGUCCUGGAUGACAAGAAUGUGAGAAGACGAUUCCGUGCCAGCAACUAUCAGAGCACAACACGGGUGAAGCCUUUCAUAUGCACAAUGCCUAUGCGACUUGAUGAUGGCUGGAAUCAGAUUCAGUUCAAUUUGUCUGAUUUCACACGGCGUGCCUAUGGGACGAAUUACAUUGAGACUCUUAGAGUUCAGAUUCAUGCAAACUGCCGAAUCCGUCGUGUAUACUUCUCUGACAGACUGUACUCAGAAGAUGAAUUACCAGCAGAGUUCAAGUUGUACCUUCCUGUUCAAAACAAAGCAGCAGCAGGUGGUCCAAAAUAAUCACAGACAUCCUUAUGCUCUUAAAUCCUAUUCAUUAUACUUAUAUAGGCAGUUACUACUCAAGAAGAAGAUGAGCCUCAAAAUGUUAACAGAGCUGCAUACAGAAACUGUGCUUGUGAUUUAACAUCAGUCAUCAGUGGAUCAAUUUACUUUUCCUCUUCAUGAGUGAAUCGGCACAAGUGUUAUCUCCCUGAUUUUUGGUCCUUCAGAUUAGAGUUGGAGGAUGGUAGUGAAUGGUGUAUGCCUUUUGUCACCUGUGGGAGAUGGUUCCGUGAAUGAAAAGUAUUUUUGUUUGUUUUGGCAUUCAUUGCUGUUUAAAGUGCAUUCGCAGCCUCAGGUUUUCACUCAACAUUAAUCAGGUCUACAACCCUGAAGAUACAAAAGAAAAUUUAAAGGAAAACAAAAAAAAUGAAGUCCACUUUUAAUUUCCAUACAUUUUUUCCUCUCUUUUCAUGUGUACACAAUCCAUGUGCAGUAAUUGUAUAAGUUUACAUGUACAAGGUGGGAUAAUGGGAUUCAUUUGUGGAAAAAUCAUUUUCAAAUUUAUUGUAAUCCUUGUUUACCUCCUCAUUAUAUUUCCCAGAAUCCCACAUCAAGACAUCCUUCACCCAAACAUCAAGCCAGAGCAUGUCAAAAACAAACAUUUACGCUGAAUUUUGUUAUGCAUUUUACUAUAGCAUGAAAUUGUAAGUGUAAAUAUCAUUGCCAUAGGGAAGAAUAAAUCAAAUGUUCGUUAAAUUA